UUAAAUUUUUUUAAUCAUAAACUUAUUACAUGCUCACUGAAACAUAAUACCUGUACAUGCAUAUGGUUGUAUUAUCCUCCAUUAUAAAAAUGCAUACUACUAGUACAUGUGAAUACUGUAGGUACAUGUAUGUCUCAGAUGUGUUUUUUGCUGAUUGUUCGCUGCCCAAUCAAUUGGCUUUUUUUAGAUGACUUUUUCAAUACUGAAAUGAUUAUUUGAAGUUCAAAAUGCAAAGUUGAGAGAUGUGAUGACUUUUUACUUUUAUUUAAUUUUAAUGAAGUUUUAAUUUUGAUGACAAUUUUUUUAAAUGUGGAACCAGCUAUUUGCAGGACCAUUUAUUUGAUGAGAAAAUGUCUCAGGCAAAGGGUAAAAAGCUAAUCAACACAGUAGAAAGAUGUGUUGAUGAUAGCUUAGAAGGUUUUGUUGCUGUCAAUCCUGGUGCUAGACUUUUACAAGGCCAUCGAGUUGUGGUCAGGUCUGACAUUGAAGAAUAUAAAGCAUCUGGGAAAGUUGCUGUAAUUUCUGGAGGAGGGUCUGGUCAUGAACCAGCACAUCCAGGCUACGUGGGCCGUGGUAUGCUGAGUGCUGCAGUAUGUGGAGCAGUAUUUGCCUCUCCUCCACCAAACAGCAUAUUGGCAGGAAUCAGGGCAGUAGGAAAAGGAAACAAAGGAGGUGUGUUACUGUGCGUUGCUAACUACACUGGUGAUAGACUAACGUUUGGCAUUGCAUUUGAGAGAGCCAAGAGAGAAAACAUUAACAUUAAAAUGGUUGUAGUGGGAGAGGAUUGCGCUUUGACAAGUGCUGAUAAAUCAGCUGGGAGGAGAGGAAUGUGUGGAUUUAUUGUGACGUGGAAGCUUGCAGGGGCCCUAGCUGAAGAGGGAAGACCACUGGAAGAAAUUGUUAGCAUAUGUACUGAAGCAACACAAAAUAUGGGUACAAUUGGCAUAGCCUUGUCUCCAUGUAGCCUUCCUGGUCAGGGACCUACAUUUCAGCUUGGAGAAGAUGAGAUGGAACUUGGCUUAGGAGUCCAUGGUGAAGCAGGGGUGAAGAGAAUGAAGAUGUUAACAGCCAAGGAAACAGUGGAAGCUAUGAUUGCCCUCAUGACCAACAAGAACAGCAGCACACAUCUUGACAUAAAUAAAG